GUUCGACGAAAUCAGUGGGUUUUUUUUUCGGUCGGUUUCGGUGCUCGUUUCGAUUCAGGACUAAUGUUGAUCGCUGUUCGCAGGAUCUCUACUAUAAGGAGUUGAACGAAGAUUGUGCAAUAAAACUGUUAUAUAUGAAGUGAGGUGUGUAAAAGUUUUGAUCUCGAUCUAAAAAGUGCUAAUUGUUAGUAGAUCAACUACCGUAAUGUGUGGAAAAUGUGGUUUAAUCUCCAAGCCGGUACCCGCCACGUGCUGAAAUUAUAGCAAAUUAUCACCCCGAAAGUGAAAGAGCCCGCAAGAAACAGUCAAUCAUUUCAACGCGGAUGUGGCAAUUAAUAACAGUUUUUUAAUGCAGUUUUGUUUUGCUCUGGUGGGAUGAGCGCGCACUCGCGAGGAGAAUAGAAUAAUUAAGAUGUUUUGCCUCACGAUUUGAGAGAAUAUUCGAACGGGGGAGGAAGGGAGCAGUGAUUUGUUUUGCUUCCGAUUGUAGUAACUUUUAUGGCUGAAGGUGGUGGUGCAUGCAACGGCGAUAAACAUUGCGAGAUCUGGAUAUCUGACACGUUGGGUGUCGGUCAAAAGGUUGGCGCUAGGAGAGGAGAAUUUAUGUGCAUCGUUGACCUUUGAUCGGAUGAGAGUUGAGGGAGAUUGUAUUGCAUGGACAUUUUUGUAAAGAGGGAAGUAAUGCUUUUUAUCAGAAAAAAAAACAACUCUAAUUAAAGUUCUGUUUGGAACUUUUCCUGUGAGUUGUAAUAUAGUUUUGGAAGAUUAAAACCAAAUUUGUGAAGACAAAUAUAUGAUAAUUUUCAAGGGAAAUUUAACUCCUAAUUGUCACAAAGUAGAUAUUUGUAAUUUAGAACAUGUUAUCUAACCAAUCGUUAACAUUUCGAUGCCUCUGUGCUCUCUUAUGCUAACUAGAUAAUCACAUCACAUAAUCACGAAAAGGCCAUUUGAAAAAUGGGCAUUAUUUCAGGUUUUGGUGAAGCUGAAUAAUCAGAGACACAUUUGAAGUUUAAACUUUUUAUCUUUUGUUUAAGUAGGCUGUAAGUUUUGAAAAAAAAACAUACACUUAUAAAUUUGAAACAUGUGGCACUCUCACAUUUGUACAAAUCGACAAGCAUCUUUUUAAAUUCUGAAAUGUAAAAUUUUCAACCUUAGAAAAUUGGACGACUAGCGGUUGAGAUGUUCAUUUCACUUAAAAAUUUACAGGUUAUGUCUCAGCACAGCAGAACAUUAAAAAAAAACUUUCAUAAACUUCAAGAAAUAUUUUUAAUGUGUUUGCAUAUCAGCAUAACAUUGUUUAAAUUGAAAUCCAUUUAAAGAGGAGUCCGUCUUAAUUUCAAAUUUUAUCAACCUCUAAAAACAAUUAGAUUAUUUUGAAUAUACUUCAUAUAUUUGCAAUUCUAUUCGAAAGUGAAAAAAACAAGCGUUUUCCAAAUACUUCCUAGAUUUAAAAGUUGGGCUACUAAAAUAUUAUUUAAAAAAACUAUUUUAAAAUUUUAAUCACUUUGUAUUCUUCUUAGCACAUUAAGAUAUAAUAUUCGGCAAGUCUGAUAUUUCUCACCAUGAAAGAAGGGCUCGUUUCCGACAUUUUGCGGAGUAUUCGAAAUUUUUCGUCCGAGGCAUAUUUUAAAGUUUUUUUUUUUUCGAAUUUACAUAAUACACCAAUAUUUGACCUCCAAAACUUGCUUCUGAUACCAAAUUUACCAGAUUUCCAGUUUUCUCUAAAAAAAACCCCAAAAAUCCAAGCUGGAAGCGUCAAUCCGACCGAUUACUAAUCUUUUCUUUGUACAAUUUGCCUAAAAUAUCAACAAUUGAUUGAGACAAAUACGAGCAUAAAACAGUGAUAAAAUUAGAGUAUUUCAUUUAAAACCUAUUUGUUACACAAGUUAUAUGGUGAGGAUAGCUGUCAAAAUUGAGACAUUAUUGAAGAUCUUAAUAAAUAAAUAGUUGUUUUGAGCCAGAAAUGUUUUACCUUGUUGAACAAUUCUAAAAAAAACAUAAAUCUGCUGAGUUCUGGGCCAAAGUAAAACCUUAAUUUGGUGAUUCCUUAAAUCUUUUUGCUAUUAGCAUUCAAGAUAAGCAUUUACCUACCAUUUGUUAAUAACUUGAUCUUGGUUUCAAAUUUGCUUUAAAUAUGUUCCUAAUCUUACGAUUAAAAUAACGUUUGAUUAACCGAGAGAUUUUUACCAAUAUUUUUUUUUUCAAAUUAAUAUUUAGUUGUUUUUCCCAGUUUCACUUGAUUUGAACAAUAUAAAGUCAAUGAAAAUAAAUGUUUCGGCACGUUCAAAUAGUUCGAUUGAAAGAUCUUAUCUUUUCGUCUUCAAAAUUCAAGGCAAUUCUCCCAAUGUGUAUUUGCCCCAGUUCACAAACAAGAUAUGUUCAAAAUAAAGCUAUUCGAAAAUGUUUUAUCUAAGAAUUAAAUUUAAAAUAAACAAAAUGGUUUCGAGCUCUUUUUAAACAAUUUUUCUCGCUAGUCAGAUUUUGGGAACGCAAAUUAAACAAAUAUUUUUAGCUGUAAAUGUGGCCUUUAUCCCUUGAAUUCCUCAACUCACUAAUUGCACCAGCAGGAAUCUCCGCAGAUUGUGCGUCAUAGGUCCAAACAAUCUCCCCCUCAGCCUCAUAGUUGAGAGUGGGCUUUGCAUGACCGAGACCGAAACUCCAGCCGAGCAGACAAUUUUAAGUGAGCAUGGUUGGAGCAAAUGUUUGUUCAGUGGGAUUGUUAUAUUCAAUUUUUGAACAAAGUUUUUUUUCCAUACUUUAAUUUUAAAUAUUAAAUUAUUUCAAGAAAAUUCGGGUAAAAAUCGCAGCACAUACCCUAAAUCCACCCGGCGGCAGCCUUUCUAUUAUAUCAACCCCGAGCAAAACCGAUCGCCUUUCCAGCACCAAUAUCCGGCUCCACCGUUAUUAUGCGAGUAAACAUGACUAGACAAUCAAUGCCGGGCCGCCGCCGCCGCUUCUUCACCGAUGACGGUUGACCUUGCCGAUCAUCAAACCGCAAACAACAAACAGCCCCAAAUCAUCUGCCAAGUCCGCCUUCUGACGUCCUGUGCGCCGAAGAGUUCACAGCUGAGAUGCUGAUCUUUCAGAACAAAACGUGUCAGGACAGAAAACGUGACCGUUAGUUGCCGGUUUUUACCGGUUCGUUCCAGCAAAGGUCACAUCCGCCACCGCCGAAGUUCUUACCUUGCUUCAGAACGUACAAACGUCCUUGGCAUAUUGAAAGCUUAAGCUCAAGUCUCAGUUCCGCUAAAAAUAGUUAGAACAACAAGUCGUUCGCAAUUGCCACAUAAGUACACGUGAAUUUUAAACUUUUAAAUCAAUCAGGUGUGAAAAAACAACAACCGCGCGAUAACACAAACAAAUGCUCUUACUACAGGAAGGUGAUGAAAAACAAAAUAAUCAUUAAAAAGUGGAGUGCGGCGAAAAAAAACAUGCUAAACUGCAAUUAGUUCGUGAACUGGAACAACUCUCGUUGGUGUGCGCCUCUUGCCCUGGAGAGGGCCGGAGUAUUUAAUCUGAGAAUUUCGAUCGCCCCGAGGAACUCACAGACUUGACACGCAGCAGCAGUUGUGCUAAUUAUAGAAUCCGCUGGCGGGAAUUUAUAGCAAAUAAAACGUGAUUAGUGGAAGAGCAAAAAUGAGGAGGCAGAGUGAAUCGACACCAGUGGAAACCGUUGAAAUUUGCUCGCCAAGACAGAUAUCGGAAGUUCAGCGACAGCUGGAUAGGAGGAGUCACCGUCGUCGUCAUCGGCGCCAGCAUCAACUGCAACAUCAGACGCUAAAGUUCAGGAACCACUUGUUCAUACUGGUCACGGCGGCUGCAGCGACGGCUGCGAUGGGAGUUCUAGCUGCAGAACGCAAACUUCAAGCAAAUGGACGGGUAAUUUUCAAAUUCUUACGUAGAGAAGCUAAACAGUACGAACCUGCCCUUCCAGCUGAGAUCCGGUGCUCACACCAUGAUGACCUGCUGUACGCGAUCCCAAACUCCGGUUGUUCAUCCUAUUACCGGUGUUAUCAACGGACCGUGUUCCGGCACCGAUGCAACGAGAAGUCCGUCUUCGACUUUUAUCAGCAAAAGUGCGUCCGAAGUGAAGCGACCUGCUACGAACCGGUCUGCACGGGUCGCACCAACGGGCUGUACCCCGACACUACGCAGGGAUGUCGAAGGUCCUACGAGUGCCAGGGAGGUGCGUUGAUAGCUGUGGAAAAUUGUCCCCACGGAUUUCGGUUCAGCGGAGGCAGCUGCGUGCCACCUCAUGAGGCGGGAAGCUGCGACAGCCCGGCCACCUCAGCGAUAGCGAUUCCGUUCGACGGAGAUAACCGGUGUUACGGGCUGCAGAACGGGAACCACAUCAUCGAUGACGAUCACUGUAAGAAGUUUAUGAUUUGUCAGGAUAACAGCGUGAUUGAAGUGUUGGAGUGUCCGUACGGGUACGUGUACGACGAGCUUACCAUGCGGUGCGUAUUCACCGGUGGAAUCGAAUCAUCCGGAUGUAUGACCAACUAUAUGGACGAAGUGGAUGAUGCCUGUGCGAGACUUCCGGGAGGAUUUCAUCUAGAUCCAACGUCAAAGAGUUGCACGAGUUACAUCAAGUGUUCCAACGGAAGGCUGGAGUCCCAACAUGACUGUCCAAAAGCCAGCGUGUUCAACGGAGUUCAGUGCGUGCCCCAGUUUCUGUACCAUUGUCCGAGGUUGGCCCUUCCUGGAGAUAUCUGCGAGAGGAAGCUCGAUGGACUACACACUGAUCCCCGCAAGGGAUGUGCGUUCUACGUUCGAUGCAACGGCCACAGAACCAUUGACAGCUUUUCGUGUCCGUCAAGCUUCCACUACAACCCAGAGGACAACAUGUGCGUAGAUCGUAGCCGAUCCAGCGAGAUCUGCCACGAAGUCGGCUACUCCAGCGAUUGCACACAACGGUCAGCCGGAUUCUACCAGGACUUUUCCGACGCGUCCAAGUGCUCACACUACUUCUACUGCUUCAACGGUAACAAAACCACGCUCCGUUGCCCACCCGGCCAAGUCUUCGACGGUGAAAACUGCGUCCCAUCCUCCUCGUACCCCUGUCCCAGCACAGCAUCGGACUCUUGCGUCAACAAACCCAGCGGAUACUACCGCGACCCUAGCGGCGGCUGUCGAUCCUACUUCUACUGUUCCACCGAUGGCACCAAGACGUCCUACCUCUGCAACGCAGGUCAAAUCUUCAGCGCCGGUCACUGCGUAGAGCGCCUCGCCGACGACAUCUGCAGUGAAGACCUCGUUUGCGCGGGUAGAUCCGACGGCUACUACCAAGAUCUGACCUCAAACUGUCGCAGCUACUUCUACUGCCAGCAGGGGGAAAAGCUGCAAACCCUAACCUGCCGAGGUAGUCGUCUCUUCAACGGCCACAGCUGCGUCUCCCAGGACGCGUACACGUGUCCCCACGAAGCGGCCAUCGCAGCCGACCCGCUGCUGAACUGCAUACCGCGUCCCUGCGAGCAGGACUGCAGUAAAAAUGGCUUCCAAAACGAUUACGACAGCCGGUGCCAGGAUUACUUCUUCUGUAUCGACGGCAAGAAGACAACGCUGUCCUGUUCCAAUGGCCAGGUUUUCAAUGGGGAAAUCUGCGUGCCCGCCGACAAGUUUCCAUGUCCAAAGUACUGCGAAGCGACGGUAGCGUGUAAUUAGUGCUUACCUGGAACCAUAAACCUUUUCGGAUUAAGACUUAUUUAUUGAGAGAAGAGGCAGGCUAAGGAAGCUGAAAAAGUGAAAGCAAAAUGAGCCGAGACGGGGGCUCAUUUUAAUUGGUAAUGGCGAUUUUUAUGCCAAUUUUAACGAACGGGGCUAGGGUAGGUGACACGCUGCUGGGGAAGUCAUCCUUGAAGGUGCGCCUUAUGAUGUUCAAACUUGAUGCAUUUACAAUACUCACUACCUGUAGGACAGUACUCUAAUAUUUAGAAUAAUUUUGAGAGACAGUUUUCAUACAAUAAUCGUUCGGUAAAUAACAAAUAACAAUAAAAAUUAAUCCAGAUCUGUAAACGGUAUGCAAAAUCAAUGUUUUGUAUGCAGUAGGCUUGCAAUAAUUUAUGUUCUUUAUUUAUUAUUUGACAAACAAAUAUAUUAAACGUUUUAUUUAACA